AUGCCACGUCCUCCUACACAUAAAACAAAUGAGGCUAAACUACAAGCCGUUCGUGAAAAGAACCAGCGCCACUAUGCGAAAGACCGUAUACUCAAAAGACGACGAGAACUUCGUGUUGAAAAAACAAAGCCAUCGCGGGAGAUCCGACAGUUUGAGAAGGCAGUUGCGAGAGCCUUGAAAAGCCGUGACGAUGAAGAUGAGAGUGACACUGAGCUGUCGGAGACUGAUGAAUCCAGCGAUGAUGAGAAUGACACACCAUCAGAUCUUCCUGGGUGCCUCCUUGCUCUCAAAGGUAUCAAGGACGAGAUGUUGUCAUUGACCGAUGAUUAG